GAGGCGAGCGAGUGAGUUGGUGGAUGAGCGGGGGGUCCGUCGAGUUGGUGGCAAGUCAAGGUAGAAUGAAUCAAUCGAGGAUUUAACGACGAAUCAGCAUCAUCGUUGCCUCCACUUGAAUUCCAUUCUACGAUUACCACAAUUUCUCUCUGACCAACUCCUCCCACUCGUCUCUCACUCAUCUCAUCAUGUCUGCAUCGCCUGAACCUCAGGGUGGUGGGCCGCCAGGCGGAUCACCGGGAGACUUCCUGAAGAACAUUGUGGGCAAGAGGGUGAAGGUCAGGAUCGGAAAUGGAAUAGACUACCAUGGCCUUUUGACAUGCCUGGAUGGAUACAUGAACGUCGCAUUGGAGGAUACUGAAGAGUGGAGCAAGGGCAAAGUCACGGCGAGAUAUGGGGACUGCUUUCUGAGAGGGAACAACGUGCUGUACAUUUCCGCAUUAGAGGAGAUAUGAAAACAUACGGUGAUCGCGCAGACCUCCCAAGCCGGGCGGAAUAGUGUGUAUGGAACGACUUCGAUA